AUGAGUGAAAAGGAUUUUUAUCAAAACCUGGAAGGACACAUCGAGGAGUCCAGGCGGAGGAUCGAGGAGAAGGAAAAACUUAUAGCAGCGGAAAAAGGUGGAGACGUGAAUGCGUCGGGAGCUCCACAGACCCAACCCUGUUACUACGGCUACUGCAGCUUAGUGGUGCCGUCCGAUCACAGCUCCGAUGAUGAUGGCUCCGCCUCAAGCGACAACGUUAGGAGGUUCCUGAACCUGCACCAGGAUGAAGAAAUGGAAAAUAUAAGAAAAAGAAUAAGGGAGAGGAAGACCAAUGGGGGGAAGACGGCCACUCGGGGUGGACGGACUGCCUCCACCAAUGACGGACCCCCCCGUGGAGGUAUCCAAACGAAGAGGAGUGCGACGGUCACGAAGGGAAGAAAGCCAUCGGAAAGCAGAAGGGGAAGAGGAAACAUAAGAGAGCUAAUCAAUUUGGAAAAAGAAAUCAUUAUUACAAGAACACUGAUGCAGAAAAAAAAAUCGAGGCUCGACGAUAUUUACAGUUAUACAAGUAGAAGAGAAGAGGUCAUAAAAAAUUUGAAUCUGAGCAUGAAGAAGGAGGCGUCCUUUUUGCAGGAGUCCCUGGUGGAAAAGUUUAAGCGAACGGAGGAGCUCAUUCGGAAAUUUGCUGAAAUACGAGCGAGGAAAAAGAAGAAAAAAAAACAGGUGCAGCUGCUUAACAUCGAGAUGAGCAAACUGGAGGUGGAAUUCGAGAAGAAGGAGGAGAAGAUAAAGGAGAUGGACAAGUAUAAGAGUUUUCUGAGCAAGCUGGCUAGCACGGAGGAGGAGGCGACAAACGCGGCAACCAGUGGGACAGACGCGGCUGCCAGUUCGACGGGGGAGGCUACCACUGCCGCCCUGUUGGGCGACGCGUCUCGCUUCUCCCAGAAGAUGGCAAAGUAUACAAACAACUCUCAGCUGCUCAUAGACAAUUUCAACCUCCUGGAGGAGCAGCACCUGCAGCUGAUAGACGACACAGAGAACGCCGAGUACGAGCUAGAGGAGUAUCAAAAAAAACUGGAGGAGAAAAAAAAGGAUUUCCUAACAAAAAGCAAUGAAAUGAAGAAAAAAAUAGUUCAAAUGGAAGAAUACAUUAAAAACCACAUGAAUCAAAUCGGGGAAUAUGAAGAUGCCAUUAGAAACAACCAGAGCCAAAUAUGUUUCGACAACAUUAGCAGCAAAAUUGACUUCAUCUGCAGUCAGUUUAACUACGACGUGAAUACAAAUGAAGUUAUGAAGAAGCUGCAAAUAAUGGAGAAUAACAUGUACGCCUACAUUUCCACGCUGACCAAAUACACGGAGGAAAACAGCCAGCUCGUGUACGAGUACCAGCGGGAACGUGAGCAGGAGAGGCGAAAGAAAAUGCGAUUCGAAAUUAACCUCGACAGGAAGGGGAACAACCAAAGCAGGCAGCUCAAAAGCACGAAGACUGCGAACAAGACUUUCGGAGCGAAUCAGAAGGAGAAAAAGGAGAAACGGGAAAAGCGGGAAAAUAUUUACACGCUCUUCGAGAAGGACCUCUUCAAGUGA